GCCCACCCAGCCUUCUUCUCAACAUUCUACCAUCGUGUUCUGCUAUGCGCGAGGACAUCCCCGAGACGGCCGCCGCCAGCGUGAUCAGGGCUCUGACGACAUGUAUUGGCCAUUCGGCACCCCGAAAUGUUUCGCAACCAGCAGCAAUUCCGGGCCAGAGUUCAACCUGAUUGUAUCGGAUGACGGACUCCCGAGUCCCUUCAGCGAGCCUCCUACUUCGUUCCAGACGGCACCAGCUUCCCCAGACCGAAUACCAAACGAUGACCAAGCACGUCACCCAGGCCAAGAUGAUGGGCAGCUUGCGACCCCUGCGACACCUCUCACCCCCGCCGUUCAAUCCGUUGACCACGAUCACGGCCUCUUAGGAACCGAUCCCAAUGGCUCUCCUAGCCAGGCGCCACCACAACGCCGUGCCCCCACCAGAAUCCCCCUGAAAGAUCCAAUUCUUGCUCUGCGUGUGUCACGCAGCGGUCACCUUUUUGCUGUGAUCACCGCGGCAUCCAUGACAAUCUGGCAAUCCAAGCCAACCGUCGUCCUCGCUGUCGUUGUUCGGUCCCAAUCCUCCCUCGAGACAUACGGAGAAAAUGUCGACCUCCUACUGCGCCCCGAUUCAGCCAUUCUGGUCGUCCAUACUGCUUUGGGCUACCUUAUUACCUACUCCCUUGCUACCGACACCGAAGCACAGGUGUAUCGACCCUUCUUUCCGAACUAUUCGAACAUUCAACGACGGCGUCAAAUCCAUGUUGGACCGGGAAGCAGCGCCCCUGAUCAGUUUCUAUGGGGCCCAGGGGAAGGGGGCGGUGUCCGGGACGUAAGCGUCCGGUUCAGGAUGGUGAUCAAGGUGGAUGCCGGCAUUGAAAGCGCUCUUGCCCUUGAUGACGAAUUGAUUGUCGCCACUCGCAAACCCGCAGCCAUCCAGUGCAUCCGAUGGACACCCGAUAACAGCGGUAGUCAGACGCGUACGGAGAUGGUAACGCGGAUGGGAUGGCUUGACAGGAAAGUCACAGUGGUCGAGAUGACCCACGACCGCCCGAUGAACCUUUCCACCUGGAUAACGAACGAUGGCAAGGCACAUGCCGUGCAGCGCAUAACAUUGCGAUACGACGCCGUCGCCAACGGAACUGAUCCCAAGAAGUUGUUCAAAGGCCACUGCUUCCAUUCGCCCCGUGAGAAAUCCGAAUAUGCCCGCCGGGUGGUGAUCAACGCUAGAUUUUCUCUUAUUGCUGUUGGAUGCGCAAACGGAGACAUCCAAGUCUACUCUGCUCGCGAUUACGCCGGCAACAUCCCUCCAUCUCAUACGCACAGCCUUCCAGUAUCGGCAGAGGUGGCCGGUGCCCUGACCACAUUAUGCUACUCUCCCGAUGGGUACUGUCUGUUUGCCGGCUUCAGCAACGGCUGGGCUAUGUGGAGCGUAUAUGGCAAACUCGGCAGCCAUAGCUUUGGUUCCCCUGGGACCGUCGCCAUGUCUACGUCUACCGGGGAGAAUUGGAUGUGCUCAGUCGUCGAUGCUGCCUGGCUUGGAAAUGGCUCUGAGCUAUUCUUGAUAAGCUCCCAGCAUGAAGCGAUCUGGUCACUUGAGAUUGCCAGAAGCGCAGUGGCUGGUUGUUACAACUCGGCGAAUCUCGCUCGCACCGUCCUCCAGACGAGUACCAGUGUGAUGAUUUAUCGCGGUUAUAACCUUCCCGACCUAGCUUCGAUCUCUGCCGAACCUUCUCUAUGGCACACAACGAGGAUUCCCGCCGCAUACUUGCUUAACCAGUGGCCCAUUCGCCACACAGUCAUCUCCCCCGACGGGAGAUAUGUCGCAGUAGCUGGGCGGCAUGGUUUGGCUCACUACAGUGUGAACAGCGGCCGUUGGAAGACAUUUGCCUCCGAGACCAUGGAGAACGAAUUCCUAGUGAGGGGCGGGAUGUGCUGGUAUCAACACAUUCUCGUAGCCGCUGUCGAGGUCAACAAAACCUACGAGCUUCGACUCUAUUCCAGGGAGUUGGCACUGGAAAGCUCCCUAGUCCUUCACUCGCAGCGGAUUCCUGCCCCCAUAGUUCUUAUCGCCUCUUCCGGCGAAGACUCGCUCUUGGUAUACACUUACGAAAACCUCUUGUAUCACUUCAUCUUUGCGCCUUAUGCCGGUUCGGUGAGACUCGUACAGCUGGGCCAGAUCGCGUUCCAUGGUAUCGUUAGAUCACCCGCCAGGGUUCGUGGCUUGAGCUGGAUAUUGCCUGAGAGCCAGAUGAUUGAUGGCGAUCCGUCUCAGGACGUCUCCGUGGCAUCCGUUUUGUUCCUGGUGGACGCCAAGUUGGUUCUCCUGCGUCCAUCCUUGAACCAAGAAGGCCAUCUCAAAUAUGACAUGCGUGUCAUAUCCCAGAACGUGGAAUUUUACGUGAGCAUGCGCGAUGUGCUGACCCCCGAGGCCAUUACCCGGUCCCCCGAGGAACAGCAGACGGCAACGGACAACCUUACUCUUCGCAACUCAUUGUGGGUGUUCGACGGUAAGGAGUUUAGGCUUUGGCCUGAAAUACACGACGUGAUGCGAGCGACAUCUAGCGAUACAUCAAGAGAACUGCCCCCCACCGUAUCCAUCCCAGUGGACUUCUACCCGCUCUCUACCGCUCUUUCAAAAGGAAUUAUCCUGGGCGUCGAAGCCGACUUGGCCCAGAGACGGGACCUCGGGUUCUCCUUCUUUCGCUUCGCCAUCAGGACGCAUUUAUUCAUUCCCGACGUUCUUCGCUUCCUUCUCUGCGAUAAUCGCACCUCAGAAGCCGUUGAACUCGCCGAACAAUACCAAGGCCUCGAUUACUUUGCUCACGCGUUAGAAAUGCUAUUGCACAAGACCCUAGACGAAGAGGUAGAUUCGGCGCCCGCUCCCGAGCAGGCGAUUUUACCGCGAGUACUGUCAUUACUGUCGUCUUUCAGGGAAUAUCUUGACAUUGUAGUUCAAUGUACAAGGAAGACGGAAGUAAGACAGUGGCGGACGCUAUUUGCCUACUUGCCUCCCGUGCAGGAACUAUUUGAGGAAUCGUUACAGCAAGGCUUUCUCAAGACGGCCGGAGGCUACCUCAUCGUACUGCACACCCUCGACGAGACGGGGUCUGCGCCAGAACAGACAGUCCGGUUGCUUUCGUAUGCGAUGAGAGCGCGGGACUGGGAAUUAUGCAAGGAACUCGCCCGUUUCCUGGCAGCAAUGGACGAGACGGGAAAUACAUUGCGGGAAGCUGUAGAUAACGUUAAGGCCCCAGGAAUGAAGACCACCACCCGACGAAUGGACAGGCUGGACCUGCCUUCGUUUCCCUCGGGCAGAAGAAACAUGAACGGGUCUGGUUCGAAGGGCAGCGAGAAUGGCGAGGAUUCAGAUGGGGUUUCUGGGAGUGACAUCGCCAGUCUUGAUUCAGCCCGUCGCUGAGAGGUUGGGCAAGGUGGAUUGAGUAAGUGGGCUUGUCAGCUCUUAGGGGAUCUUGUUGCGCGCUGUGGCGUGCUGGACUUCAACCUAAUAAUAGGUUAUAUUAAUAGUCCAUAUAUUCGGACUAUCAACCUCUUAAUCGGACUAUGUCGCACGUCAAAAUAGCACUUAUAUAAUUAACUUAAUAGAGCAGAA